AGGAGAAGCAGCAAUAUACAGAGUCACUUGCCAAUAUGACAGGGUUACAGAAGGAGGACAUGGUAAAGAAUUAAAAGUCAACACGAGUGGAAUUCAGUUAACAUUGGACUAUCAGCCUGAAGUGUUGUUGUCUUUGUCAACACAACCGCGGCAGUGCUGGAAACAGCAAGUUCAUCACAGGGACAACAAAGGAAUUUAACAAGUUAAUAGUAUGAGUGUAGCUUAACAAUUUGCAGCAGCGAUGAAGUCUUCAUAUUUCAAAACCACCUCAGACUGCUUUCUGUUGUGUGUCUUCCUGCUUCUGUGGGUCGGAGGUGAGACAGUCUCUAACUCCACCACAAAUUCAACAGAAGGAAAAGUGACAACAGCACCAGUAACCACUCUACUGUCAACCCGUUUAACAACAAAAUCACCUCCUCCUAAUGCCGAGGACUUCAAAUCAAUUGGACAAAGCGAGUCCAGUAUAACUCUGCAGUGGGGCAGAGUGGAAGAUUUCCUCAAUUAUACGCUUAGGUACAAUGAAAUAGAGAGAAAUGUCACCGUAUCAGUAGGAGAUGUAAAUGUGACAGAAACAAUCCAGGAACUCACAAGUGGGACUGAAUACAACUUCACUCUCUACACUGUGUUUGGAAAUGUGAAAAGCAGUGGAGUAAACCUCACUGCAGUCACAGCUCCUUGUGACACAGACACAGUCAAAGCCAUUGACCAAAACGAGACUAGUAUAACUCUGCAGUGGGGCAGAGUGGAAAAUUUCCUCAAUUAUACGCUUAGGUACAAUGAAAUAGAGAGAAAGGUCACUGCAUCAGCAGAAGAUGUAAAUGUGACAGAAACAAUCCAGGAACUCACAAGUGGGACUGAAUACACCUUCACUCUCUACACUGUGUUUGGAAAUGUGAAAAGCAGUGGAGUAAACCUCACUGCAGUCACAGCUCCUCGUGACACAGACACAUUCGAAGCCAUUGACCAAAACGAGACCAGUAUAACUCUGCAGUGGGGCAGAGUGGAAGAUUUCCUCAAUUAUACGCUUAGGUACAAUGAAAUACAGAAAAGUAUCUCUGCAGCAGUAAGAGAUGUAGAUGUGACAGAAACAAUCCAGGGACUCACAGGUGGGACUGAAUACACCUUCACUCUCUACACUGUGUUUAAAAAUGUCAGAAGCAGUGGAGUACACCUCACUAAAGUCACAGAUCUUCCUGAUGCCGAGGACUUCAAAUUAAUUGGACAAAACAAGACCAGCAUAACUCUGCAGUGGAGAAAAGUGGAAGGUUUCCUUAAUUAUACGCUUAGGUAUAAUAAAGAAGAGAGAAAUGUCACUGCAUCAGCACAAGAUGUAAAUGUGACAGAAACAAUCCAGGGACUUACAAAUGGGACUGAAUACACCUUCACUCUCUACACUGUGAAUGGAAGUGCCACUAGCAGCGGAGUAAACCUCACUGCAGUCACAGCUCCUCUUGAUGCCGAGGACUUCAAAUCAAUUGGACAAAACGAGACCAGCAUAACUCUGCAGUGGGGAAGAGUGGGAGAUUUCCUCAAUUAUACGCUUAGGUAUAAUGAAAAAGAGAGAAAUGUCACUGCAUCAGCAGAUGAUGUAAAUGUGACAGAAACAAUCCAGGAACUCACAAGUGGGACUGAAUACACAUUUACUCUCUACACUGUGUUUAAAAAUGUCAGAAGCAGUGGAGUACACCUCACUAAAGUCACAGCUCCUCCUGAUGCAAAGGACUUCGAAUCAAUUGGACAAAACGAGACCAGCAUAACUCUGCAGUGGGAAAAAGUGGAAGGUUUCCUUAAUUAUACGCUUAGGUAUAAUGAAACAGAGAGAAAUGUCACUGCAUCAGCAGAAGAUGUAGAUGUGACAGAAAUAAUCCAGGAACUCACAAGUGGGACUGAAUACACCUUCACUCUCUACACUGUGUUUGAAGAUGCCAUAAGCAGGGGAGUACACCUCACUGCAGUCACAGCUCCUUCUGAUGCCAACGGAUUCAAAUUAAUUGACCAAAACGAGACCAGCAUAACUCUGCAGUGGGGAAAAGUGGGAGAUUUACUCAAUUAUAUGCUUAGGUACAAUGAAACACAGAGAAAUGUCACUGCAUCAGCAGGAGAUGUAAUUGUGACAGAAACAAUCCAGGAACUCACAAGUGGGACUGAAUACACCUUCACUCUCUACACUGUGUUUGGAAAUGUGAAAAGCAUUGGAGUAAACCUCACUGCAGUCACAGCUCCUUCUAUUGUCAACGGAUUCAAAUCAAUUGACCAAAAUGAGACCAGCAUAACUCUGCAGUGGGGAAAAGUGGGAAAUAUACUCAACUAUAUGCUUAGGUACAAUGAAACACAGCGAAAUGUCACUGCAUCAGCAGGAGAUGUAAUUGUGACAGAAACAAUACAGGAACUCACAAGUGGGACUGAAUACACCUUCACUCUCUACACUGUGUUUGGAAAUGUGAAAAGCAGUGGAGUAAACCUCACUGCAGUCACAGCUCCUCGUAACACAGGAAAGUUUCAAGUGAUUGGACAAAACGAGACCAGCAUAACUCUGCAGUGGGGCAGAGUGGAAGAUUUCCUCAAUUAUACCCUUAGGUACAAUGAAAUAGAGAGAAAUGUCACUGCAUCAGCAGAUGAUGUAAAUGUGACAGAAACAAUCCAGGAACUUACAAGUGGGACUAAAUACACCUUCACUCUCUACACUGUGUUUGGAAAUGUGAAAAGCAGCGGAGUAGACCUCACUGCAGCCACUGUUCCCUCGAUGGUGGCUUUGGUCACUGUGACUGAAUGCUCUGCAACUCAAAUAACCCUGAAGUGGAAUGUGGAUGUGGAUAAAGAUUGGCGCUACCUUCUCCAAAUGAAUGAGAAGGAUUAUUUUCCAUUACGCUCAAAAAAUUACAAGAAUGUUAUCACAUUCACAGUCUCAUCUCUUAAGCCUGGAACCAGUUAUCCAUUCAGGGUGACCACAAUGUUCUUUGGACUCAACAGCACAGUUUAUAACAACUUUGCAGUAACAGCCAUAAACUGUACCAGCAUACCCUGGCAUGUUACUAACUCAUCGAUCCAAGGAAUGGUUCAAGGCUUGUUUACGAAUGCAAGAGCCAGUAAUAAAUCAGACACUCAUGUCAGUCCUGGAGGGAGCAAAGUGACAUUUACCGGCCUUUACCCUGGUGCAACCUAUGACUUGUUUUUUGAGUAUGAAAACCAUUCCACAUGUGUUCCAAGUUGUAGCAGCCAGGUGACAACCAUUCCUCCGAAUUUAAACGGUCAUUGUGAGAACUGGGCAUCUGGCUAUUCCAUCUAUAUUGAAUGGAAUAAUCCGGAUGGUGUGUGGACUGCAGUCGAGGUGAACGUGGCUGAGAAAACCUUUAAGAAAGAACGUGUGGAACAGCAUAUCAUAAUACCUGGAUUCCAGCCUGCCAAAAAAUAUAAGGUGUCUUUAGCUUCAGUGUCUGGGUCCCUAAGGAGUGAACCAGUUGUUUUUUGGUGUCUUACUGAUGCAAGGGGAGUCAUUGCAGGGUCAGUAUUUGCUGUGCUACUCUUUGUUGCCUUGGUCUGUCUGCUUGUCAUCUUUUUGCUCAAAAGACCAGAUAUUAUCAGCAGAAAAAAGUCCUUCAUUAGUGGUUCCAAACAGGCUAAUAAAAAGUCCAAAGCUAUUUCUGUCGCAAACUUCCCAGACCACUUCAAACAACUAAGUGGGGACGAGAACAGGGGUUUCAGCCAGGAAUAUGAGAACCUCAGUACUGUUGGCACGGAGCAGACACGAAAAGAAGCGGAGCGACUUGACAACAAACCAAAGAAUCGUUUCAACAAUGUCCUGCCAUAUGACUGGUGUCGUGUGAAGCUAACAACAUCAAAUCCCAAUGAGCCCUCCGACUACAUCAAUGCCAAUUACAUGCCAGGUUACAACAGCAACAGAGAGUACAUUGCAGCCCAGGGUCCUCUGCCCACCACAGUCAAUGAUUUCUGGAGGAUGAUCUGGGAACAAAAAGUUAAUGGAAUCGCCAUGGUAACCAACUGCACUGAAGGGGGAAGGACUAAGUGUGAACAAUACUGGCCUGCAGACAAUGAGCCUCGUCUUUAUGGAAGGCUGUCGGUCACCAUGAAUUCGGAGCAGCAAGAGGCCUACUGGACAUUGAGGGAAUUUAGAGUGAAACACAUUACCACCUCAGAGGAGCGCACAGUGAGACAUUUUCAUUUCACUGCCUGGCCUGAUCACGGUGUCCCACAGGGCACAGAAUUCCUGAUCCACUUUAGAGGAUUGGUGAGAGAUCACAUACAGACAGAAGGGACUGGAGCACCGACUGUGGUUCACUGCAGUGCUGGAGUGGGGAGGACAGGCACUCUCAUUGCUUUGGAUGUGUUUCUGCAGCAGCUAGAGAAAGAAAAAGCAGUGGGCAUCAACUCCUUUGUGCACAAGAUGAGACAGAGUCGACCAUUAAUGGUGCAAACAGAGUCGCAGUAUGUUUUCCUGCACCAGUGCAUCAUGGACAGUCUGCAGCAGAAUAAGAUGACUGAAGACAACAUAUAUGAGAAUGCAGACAUGAUAUACGAGAAUGCCACUGUACUCCGAGAGUUUAACAGAAAUGCCUGAAACUGUCAGCCCAGCAGUUAGUCUUUUGUGCACCUUCUAAAAACUAAUGUCUAUAUUUUGUUAUUCAACUGUAAAUAUGAAAGAAAUAUAAGAAAUAAGAUAAGUGAAAUUUAAUAAGUGAGUAAAUAUCUAUUAUCUAUAUACAUCUGCUGUACAUGAAAAACACAAUUUUAUUUAACUUAAUCUUUUCUUCCUCUCAUUCGUCAAUGUACUAUUUUUUUCUAUGAUUAUUAUGAGGAAGUAGCACUGAUGAUGAUACAAUCAUGAACAAUAGAAACAAUCAUGAAUGAAAAACACAAUUUUCUAUUUAUAUAAGAAAUAAAAGGUUUUUAUUGACAAACA